AUGGCAGAUGACUGCAAUGAAUAUUUAGAAGAUUUUGUCUAUGAAUUAUGUAUCUUAAAUUAUGUUGGAACUAUAAUUAAAGGUAAUAAUAUUAAUGUAAUGCUCAAAGCUAUCUUAUGUGAUUCUCCAGCUAAAGCAUAUGUUCUCAAUAUACAUCACCACACUGCUAAAAAUUCUUGUUUAAGAUGUCAUGAUAUAGGCAAAUAUGAAAACAAACGUGUUUAUUUCCCUGAUUCGUCUGCUUCUAUGAGAAAUUAUACUGAAUUUAUAUCUUAUUCUGAUAAAUAUUUUCAUUGUGGUGAAACAAUUCUGACAAACAUUCCUAAAUUUGACUAG